UGUCAACAAUAUGGAGUCGCCGUGUUGGCAAAGUUCAUGAUCGAGAAGUGAAACUGCAUAUUGCUUGUUAGAUAUACGUAGUGUACGGAUGAAAGGGAGGAGAAGUCUUGUAAAAUGUCGUCAUGGUUGGGAAAUAGUUUGUCUUCCAUUGGUGGACAGUUGACAAAUUUGACCAAAGAAGUCUUUACAGAGGGAACGGAAGAGGUCACAGACCAUGCGACGGAACUGCAUAUUGCCACUGCUAGGGUGAAGGAGCUGGAGGCAGCACUGGUUACAAAGCUUUAUGAGAAUGGAAGGUUACAGAAGCAGGUGGCAGACGCCUCGGAGAGAGCUGAGUCGGCAGAGAUGCAGAUUCAUGGAAUAUCCGCUCAGUACAGAACCCUCCUGGAAAACAAGGAGAAAGAAACUAAAGAUCUAACGGACAGGGUUCACGACCUCGAAGAUUUAAAUUCAAAAGCGAUAAUGUCCCCACCCAACUCUCCUGGCUCUCAUCACAACCAGAAUCACCAUGGAAAUCAAUAUCAAGAUGACAACCGGAUGAUUGGUCAUGACCUUGUUGAAUUUGCUGAUGUCAUUACUUCUCAGCGAGAGAUAAACAGGCUUUCGCAAGAGGUGCAGCGAUUGCGUACCGAGUGUGACAAGUGGCGCCAUCAAGCGGCACAUAAAAAGGGAUUUACAGCAGCAGGAGUGACUAGUGUCAGUCGUGAAGAACUGGUCUCUAAGCAGGAUGAGCUGAAGCAUCUGCAGCUCCAUGUGCAGGAGCUACAGACGCAGCUGGAUGAGGAGAGGGAGAGCAGUCAGCGACAGCUCACCGCACUGCAAGAUGCGCACGCUAUCAGAGUGAGUCAACUGAAGCAGAGACAGCAGCAGCCAACCUCUUCCUCAGAAACAACUACAGAAGAUGGCAGCCAAGGGGCCGAGCAAGGGGCGAGGCUCGACGAUCAACUGCGGGCUUCUGUCGUGGAGCGCAACAAGUCGGAGGAGGAGAUUAGGAGGCUGAGGCAGCAUCUAGCACAGAUCAGUCAUUACAUCAUGCAUGCCAAAACUUUAAAGGAGGUGCGAGAGAUCAGUAGUCCUACACCUGGUACCACGUCACCGGAUGCUAUCUCAUUGACCAGCACGCCAGUACAGAAUACCAUCAAGAGCAGGUGUGUGGAGGAGGGCGGUGAUCUCUCACAGUACUACAGCAGUGUAGAGGCGCCCGAUACCAGCAAUGUGACCCUGCAUAACCUCUCUCAGGAGAGCCAAGAGAUUGUUGAGGAUGAAUAUUCUGAGGAAGGCGGUUACCGAACAAGAAUAGCAGAGCUGGAGCAGGCCAGCUCAGAGUGGGACGUAGAGAAAGGUGCUCUAGAGGAUCUGGUGGUGAAGCUAAGAAGACAGAGCAAGGAGAAAGAUAAACACAUAGCAGAUCGAAUGGCAGCACAGGGCAGCCAGACAAUGGCCGGCGAGCUGGCACACAUACAGACCAGAUUGGAAGCCUCGCUCCAGCAAGUCACGUCGUUGCAAGAGCAGAACUUCGAACUGCAGGCGAAAGUGCAGCGCAUAGAGACGGAGCGGCACACGGUAACGAAUGACGCGACGGAGCAGCGAGAAGAUGCAGCGACAAGCCACCAGGGGACGCCGCUGUCCACCACGACAGAGGAUAGCGAGACACUGGCCGAGCUGAGUGGUACAAUCGCGAGCCUCCAGGGGGAGCUGGAGGCGCUCAAUGAGACAAGCCUGAUCCUUGCCGAGGAGAAGCUACGCUACGAGCAGCAGGUGAUAGAGGGCGCUGAACAACUCGCGCGCACGCAGCGCCGCCACCGCGACGAGCACAGCCAAUCGGAGGCCACCAUAAAUGCGCUGAUGGCGGAGAAGCAGCGGCUCGAGGAGGAGCGAGAACACCAGGUGGCGCUGCAGCGGGCCGGCGAGAAGAAGGUGGCGCGACUGCAGGCAGAGCUCAGUGCCACCGAGGGCAAGAUGGCCGAGCUGCACGCAGAGGGCGCCACUGCACGGCAGGAGGCGGAGCGGCUGCGACACGAGAACGUCAGUCUGGAGCGCGAGGCCGCGCUCGCGAGGCAGAAUCUCGUCCACCAGAGGGAGCUAGCGACGGACUCCCUGCAGGGGGCGCUGCGCGACAAUGAACGGGACGGGCGGGAAGGAUCGCCGGGGGCGGCUGCGACAUCCGCAGCAGAACUGGCGGACGCUAGAGGACGGUGCGCACUGCUCGCUCAGGAGGCGAGCGAGCUCGAUGAUCGGCUGCGCGAGAAGGCGGCCGAGAACGUGAUAAUGGAGGCACUCGUCGCGGAGAGGGACCGAGACGCGACGCGCCUCGCCGCCACACUGGCCGACGCUGAGACGCGAGGAGCCGAGGCGGAGCAGGAGAGGCAGGCUCUGACGACGAGGCUCCGGGAGCAACGCGGAGCGGCCGAGACCGAGACGAGACGUCUCGAUGCGGAGCUCGCUCGCAUCUCAGCCGUCUCGAGGGAGGCCGAGGCGCGUCUCGCGGAGUCUGUCGCACAGAAUGCCCGCUUCCGCAGUCACUUGAACGACGAUGCCCACCAGGUGGCGUCGGUGAGGCAUGAACUGGAGGAGCAGACAGCACAGCUGGGGGCGCUGAAGGAGAGUAACGGCCGCCAGGAGGCGACACUGGCCGCACAAGCACAGCAGAUAGCGGAGACGUCUGUGGCGAACCAGCGUCUGCUACGAGACAACGUGGCGCGGACGGAAGAGACAGAGAGACACCGUACGGAAAUACGCUCACUAAAGGCUGCGAUCGCCGCUAGAGAGGAUGGAGAGAAGUCGGCACGAGAAGAGAGAGGAAGAGGUAGCAAAGAGGACGAAAAGGAGGAAGGUGAUCUGGGAGACGCUGAGAAGAAGGGAGAAAGUAGAACAGAGGCUGAGAAAGACAGUAACAUGGAGUCCGGCAACGAUGGAGUUCGUCACGGUGACAACAAUUGCCCGGCGCCCAGAGACGACGCAAACGAUCGCAACUUUGUCGUGCUGAACGGCGGGAACGAGAGCGACUGGGACGCGGGGGAGGAGGGCGUGACGGGAGGAUCGCCGCAGAGAGAGGGCGCCGGGGGAGCGCAGCCCGGGGAGCGGCACGCGACGAACGUGCGGCUGCGGGAGGCGCGGGAGCAGCUGCGCUCGCUGCACGCUCAGCUCUCCUCGCUGCAGGCAGAGCGGGGGAAGCUGCUCGCCGUGCUGCAGGAGCGGACGCGCGAGACCGCCUCGCUGCGUGCCGAGGUGCACCGCCUCGUCGACGCCGUCGCCGCCGCCGAGCAAUGA